AUGAUUUUUAACCACCCAAGGAAUCUUUUUGAAGAGCUGGACAUCGAAUCAGGUGGGUCUUCUCCAUUUCCUCCUGUAGAUUACGUAGAGGGCAUGUGGGUUGGAUUUCCUCCUGUAGGUUACAUAGAGGGCAUGGCAGCUGAUUGUCGUCAGUUCUUCCAGUCUGAUCAGCAGUUUUGCGAAGGGCGUCUCUUCCAGUCUGAUGCCUUUGUUGCGAAGGGCGUCCCACUUUCUUUUCAGUUCCUCAAGGUGCGGCGUCCCGCUUUCUUUUCAGUUCCUCAAGGUGUUUUGACUCCGUUCUUCCAGUCAGAUCAGCAGUGUUGCGAAGGGCGUUUGUUCUUCCAGUCUGAUCAGCAGUGUUGCGAAGGGCGUCGCGCUUCCAGUCUGAUCAGCAGUGUUGCAAAGAGCGUCCCUCCCAGUCUGAUCAGCAGUGUUGCGAAGGGCGUCCCUCUUACACUGAUCAGCAGUGUUGCGAAGGGCGUCCCGCUUUCUUUUAGCUUCCUCAAGGUGUCUAGAUCAAAACACUCGAUAGUGUUUAUAUUUGAGGUGUUUAGACCAAAACACUCGAUAGUGUUUAGUCUUCCCAGUAGUUUUCUUUGCACAUCUGAUCAUAAUAUUCGUGAUAUCAGUACAAUCCUGAUCAUAAUAUUCGUGAUAUUAGUGCAAAGUUUGUCAGACAUAAUAUUCGUGAUAUCAGUGCAAAGUUUGUCAGGAUGUCCCAUGAAGUUGAGGGGACUUGUGUGA